AUGAAACUACCGCGCCGGACACCGUGGGCCUCGCUCGCGGAGCUUGACCAGAUCUGUGCCUGGGUCUACACCGACGAGUACGACCUCGUCGCACAGACCCUCGCCGUCGAAAGACUCGCAGCCUGGAAGGCCGUCACUGCGCUUCCGCACGCACUCGAGUCUCUUCUCGCCCUCCUGACCGCGCUCCUGCACGACGCCCACGCUUCUGCCCUUUCGUCUUCGUCGUUGUCUCCCUCUUCGUCCUCGGAGACGCCGUUGUCACAGCCGCGUGGCGCUCACGCGCUAUCGGUGCGCCAGGACUAUGCGGCCGCGCUCAUUCGCCUCGUCAAUGGCCUCGUCGACCCGCUGCAGGUCGGCGCCUACGCGCGCUCUAUCGCGGCGAUCGCGGCGCAGCUCGGCCUUCCUGCGUGGCUGGUGGAGCUGCGACAUGCAGCUACGCACGAAGACUUGCCUAGCUUGGAGCUGCUGAGGAAUGCUGCGCGCGAGUCGAUGUCAUGGCUCCUGCAUAACUACUUCCUCCCGACGCUCAAUCCCUCUAUGGACAGGGCCGCACAGUCCACCGCCUCGUUGCACCCUUUAACAUCCACGCUAAAACAGUACAAGUCGCUGCUCAAGCUUACAACGCGCGACGCGACGCUCCGAGCGAAGCAUCGUACGGAAAUCGAACAAGCGCUGCGGGAUGUCGAGCGGUGGAUCGCAGAGGCGAUGGUCGCAGCGGACGGCGACCUCGCGUGGGAGAUGGGCGGCGCGACGGCGGACGAAGCGGGCGAGGACGCGGAAGAAGACGGGAAGGAGCGGUGGGCGUUGGAGCGGUUAUGCGACGCGCUGCUCGAGAGAGGCGUCUUGGUGCCCGUCUCGAAGAAAAAACGCACGCCUUCGAAGAGCGCGUUUCACCCGCCCCCCUCAUCCCUUGCGAUCUGGACGACACUCCUCGCCCACCUCCGUUUGCACCACCCUACGCUUCCCUCGAUCCUUAUGUCCCGCAUCAUCUCGCACCUCCUUACCGAUGCAUCGACAGCUUCCUCCGCUUUCGAUGCCGAUGCCAAUCCGGACGUCCGACUGGAUGACCCUUCAUACGACCUGUGUCUCGCGAGCUGGGCGAUGUGGCUCAUCGACGGGGGUGAGCAAGAUGCAGAGAGCGCGGUAAGGAAAGACGACGCGUUCGUCAUGCUCGCUAAUGGUCUCGGUCCUCGAAUGGAUAGGGCGUCCAAGGCCCGCGCGGGAGCUCGUAGCCUUUUUAGGGCCCUAUGCGCGAGCGAUCCUCAUUUAGCCGAGUUAUCCAGCACAAUACUCGGUGACCAUGAUACCGUGCCACCCACACCCGCCGCAGGAUUGUGGAGUGACGAUGCCAUGGCGAUCAUGGACGAACGACUCAAAAUCAUCCUCGCCACGCGCACUGAAAAUUCUCUGGACUCGAUUACAGACAAUGACUAUCCUGAGGACGACGACGGCUCCACAGUGGCAGCACCGCUCACUGGUUCUGCUUCGCUCCCGUCAGGAUGGCGGUUAUUGAACCCAGCUAGUGGGUGGAAGCCGUGCCCAAUCGGAGUAUAUGUGGGUGAAUUAGUAUAG